UCCAAAUCAUAUACUGAACCAGCGCCUACACCUGGCCCAGGAGAGAGGGAGACUGUGAGACCAGGAAAAGGGAAAAACGGAAGAAAAGUAGAGAGAGAGAGAGCGAGCAAACCGAAGUCUAGGGGAGAAAGGUCGUUGGUUCACUGCGAAGAUGAACGGCGGUGGCCCAUCUGGUUUCAACAAUGCCCCAGUCACGAGAACUUUCGUUGUUGCAUCUGCCCUAUUCACCAUCGUCUUUGGGAUCUCAGGUCGCUCCAACAAGCUUGGUCUGUCGUUCCAGGAUAUGUUUGGGAAGCUUAGACUCUGGAAGUUAAUUGUAUCAAUUUUUGCCUUUUCAUCGACACCUGAACUGGUGUUUGGACUAUAUCUUCUGUAUUACUUUCGGAUAUUUGAAAGGCAGAUAGGUUCAAAUAAAUACUCAGUGUUUGUGCUGUUCUCGAUUGUUGUAUCUUUACUUUUUGAGGCCCCUGCAUUAGCAUUGCUUAAAGAUCCAGCCUUGAAUAUACUAACAUCAGGUCCAUAUGGUGUUAUAUUUUCUUCCUUUGUACCUUUUUAUCUUGACAUUCCGGUUUCAACGCGGUUCCGUGUAUUUGGCAUCCGUUUCUCAGACAAGUCUUUCGUAUAUUUAGCUGGUUUUCAGCUCCUUUUGUCAUCCUGGAAAAGAUCUAUUUUGCCAGGAAUAUGUGGCAUCCUUGCUGGAUCCUUGUAUCGUUUAAACUUUCUCCACAUCCGCAGGCUUAAGUUCCCAGAGUUCUUUGCCUCAUUCUUUUCUCGGUUUUGGCCUUCCACGGGGAGCACAUUAUCCACGGGACCAGGUAGAAAUGUUCUGGGAACCAUACCAUCCUACCCUGGCCUCCAAGUGGAGGGAAAUUACCCAGCUUCCAUGUCUGCCACCAUCGAGCCACCGGAGGAUUCUAUUGCCACACUGGUUUCAAUGGGUUUUGACCGGAACUCUGCCAGGCAAGCACUUACGCAGGCCAGAAAUGACAUGAAUGCAGCCACUAACAUCCUUCUUGAAGCACAAUCGCACUAAGGAAACUAGUAAGGGAUAACCUGCAUUUGGAACGAAAGACUGAAUGGAGCUAGCGUGCUGAGAGAUAGUCAUCAAACAGAAUUUGCCAAAAAUAGGAUCACAUUGGUCUGGUGCUCUAGGAACCCACUGAGGCAAUCAGGAAGCAUCUUUCCCUCAGGGUUUUAGUCAUUUUGUUUUGUUUUGUCUCUAUUUGUUCCUAAUCUUUAGCUGCCACUUUCAUUAUAUUUACUUGCACAAUUACAUUAUCCUUGAAAUAGAAGGUUUCCAUGUUCCAUCCUCCUUUCAACUGGAUGUAAGAUUAAGACAUGGUGUUAGUGCGCUUUUCAAGCGUAUGCGUAUGGCGGAAAUGAAACUAGCAGAACUGCACAGGCUUUCAAGCAUAUGUAAAUUCACACAAGUUUCUUGCCUCGUUAUUGAUAAACUAAGAUAGUAUUUGGUUUCGGAGUUC